UUUUCUCUACACGGUUGUUGGUCAAUUUUAUGGCAACACUAAUGAAAGCAAGUGGAAAGAUAAUUUAGAUUGGACAUUACAUUGGUUUUAUUAUUCCAGCAAGCGCACUCCCAGUGCCUACCGACAGCGUACUGUAUGCCGGCGCCGGCGCCUGCCCCAGUCGUUAUCCCAGCUGCCCCAGCCGCGCCGAUCGUGCUCCCAGCUGCCCCACCCGCGCCAACCGCUGCGCUAGCCGCACUCACUCCGCUGCUAGCAUCCACUAUCUCCGCGUCUCUAGCCACGGCGCUACCCCCGCUGCUAGAGGCGGCGCUACCUGCAGUGCUAUCUUCGACUCUAGCCGCGGCCGCGCCCCUGUUGGCCGCUGCCUUACCCCCUUGCGCCCCCCCACCUGUGACCUGCGCCGCACUCCCCGCCUGCCCCCUAUCACCGCCGGAUACUGAAGAAUAAAUAAUUUUAUCU